AAAACAUGAGACACAAGACAUGGAAAAACAAAAACAUAACACAAGACAUGAUACAAAGAUGUAAAUCAAAUACAAGAAACCAAAAACCAGACACAAGAACAAACAAAAACAAGAGUCCUGACAAUAUAUGGUGUUGAUCCCCGCGAUCUAAAAGCAUCUGGCGGGAGUAUUGAGUGUUCGCAGUACCGAUUGCACAAAAUAAAGAAAAACGGCAGAAAAAGAAAAAGAAAAGAGCAGGAUGGAAUGGAGAGCCGUAAGACGCUGCAACCACACACACCACCAUGACACCUGCACCAGAGUUUGAUUAUUUAGUUUGUUUCACCUAAACUACAUACUGCUCCUUUAAUGUUGAGAUUGUUUUAACUCCUUUAGAUCAUCAGGUUCUCGAGAUCAUCAUGUUCUGGCUGUCUGAAUCUCUGAGAACCGAUGGUAUCAGCAGCCAGAUCUGCCUUCUACCUGUCAACGAUCGACUCCUCGGCCUCCAACCCCAGGAAACUAUUCUCCCUGUUCUCUUCUCGCCUCACCCCUCCUCCCCCUCCUCCUCCUUCCUCCCUCACUGAUGACUUUGCACCUUAGCAAAGAAAGUCAAAGACAUCAGCUCCUCAUUUACUCCUAUGCUCAUCCAGAAAGCACCUCCUCCGGCCCUCACCUCCGAUGGCCUCACCUGCUUCAGUCCUCUCUCCUCUGAAGAUGUUCUCCCACUAGUGACAUCUAACCGAACCACCACCUGUUCCCUGGAUCCGAUUCCCUCCUCUCUCCUCCAAAACAUCUCUCAUGACAUCCUGCCAUUCCUCAUCACUCUGAUCAACUCCUCCCUCACUUCAGGCCUCCAGCUCCUCAACACAGCCACAGUGAAGCCGCUCCUACAGAAACCCACCCUGGACCACCCUUCAUCUCUUCUUCAUUCCUCUCUAAACCCUGGAACAUGCCGUCUACAACCAGCUGUCUUCCUAUCUUUCACAAAAUGACCUCUUUGACCCAAAUCAGUAAGACUUCAGGACCACUCACUGCACUGAGAUGGGCCUACUCACAGUGACUGAGUCGCUCGGUGCCUCAGCCUGCGAUGCAGCUCCUGGUCCAAGCUCUGGUCAUCUCCUGGUCCAAGCUCUGGUCAUCUCCCUGCUGGACUACAGUAACUCCCUCUUGGCUGGACUCUCAGCUUCUGAGACUAAACCACUGCAGUGUAUCCAAGACGCUGCAGCGCCUCGUUUACAGUCUACACAAACUCUCCCAUGUGACCCGCCUCCUCCGUGACUUCCACUGACUUCCUGUUGUGGCCCGCAUCCGAUUCCAGAUGAUGGUGCUGGCCUUCAAGGCUGUCAAGAGAACUGCACCGUCUUCCUCCAAACCCUGGUCAGACCUCAGGCCCCAGUUGGAGCACUUUACUCUUCUACAUCAGCGGGCCGGCUGGCACCGCCAUCGCUGAGAGCAAACAAAGCUGCUCAGAGAAGUCACGACUCUUCACUGUUCUGGAGCCUCAGAGGUGGAACCAAGUCCAGACCAGCGUCAGGACAGCAGAGUCUCUCUGUCUGCAGCAGGGGACUCAGGACUCAUUUGUUCAGAGUUCACCUCCACACAGAACAUGUCUCCCUCCCAAAAAAAAAUAAUUGAAUGUUCGUAUCGCUGCACUUCAGUCACAGCACUUACACACUGAAGGUCUCCUUGACAGAUGACGAUCUGACAGUUGUUUCUAUACUUCAUUUUGCUCCAUCGACGGCGAUGUUGUGUUUCUCUCCUGUGACAAAUGUACUUAUUAAUGGAUGUGACAUCCCACUGCAGUGGCUGUGACAUCACUGAGACCAGAACCAAUAAGAAACAACUCCAGUCAGAAUGCAUCUCAAGCCAGCCAACAGCCAAUGGGACACUCCCACAUAACAGCACAGAGGAGGCCCCUCCCCCUCUCUCUGAUAGGUCAGAGGACGGUGACAGUGGUGAUGACUCUCUGAUGGACAGCUCGUCCACUAAUGAUGUCUCUCGCCUCCUGCCUGCUCAACCGGCCUCUGCACUGUGGAAACAGAAAGGUGUGGACAGCUCCUCAGGGUCUCCUCCUCCCGUCUGCACUCCUCCAUCUUCCUCCCUCUCCUCUCCUCCUCCCCCGUCUCAGUCGUCCCCUUGUAACAGACACAGCUGCAGCCUUCCUCAUCAUCUCCAUCGUCCCCAGCAGCACAGCACCAAUCAGAAGCAUCUCUCCUCCACCAACAGCAGAGAGACGGACGCCGCCCACAUCAAGGAGGUCGCUGGAGACGACUGUUGUGUUCACUGUCUCCUGGCUUGUCUGUUCUGCGAGAUGCUGUCCAUGUGUUCGGUGUUGGGAGAGUGUCUGGCAUGUGGAGUGGGCGGGGCCGGUUGUUGUGACUCUGCGGUUGGCUGCUGCUGUUGCAUGGAAGCGGCAGGGGAGGCGGCCUGUACAGAGGAGGCGUGUCAGGCCGUGUUGGAUUGUGGGAUACUGGAGGACUGCUGCAGCUCGUCGGACUGUUUGGAGAUCUGUCUGGAGUGCUGCUCCAUCUGCUUCCCCACAUAGAGCAGCCAAUCAGAGAGGGACUACAGGAUGAUGUCAGAGCAGUGGAAGAACUCACUGACAGUCACCUGUCUGUCUGCCACCUGUCUUUCUCUCUGAUAACAGUUCAGAUCAUUGUUUUACUUCAAGAUGAUUUUGUAUUUUAUUUUUGAACAGAAUGUAAAGACUUCACAAUAAAAGCACCGAUCAAACGCUUCA